AUGCACCAGACCAAAAUUCUAGCGCCUAUUCUGCUGCCUCAGAACCCCACCCCCACCAUUCGCGACAACAUUUUGCGCUUCAACGACUUCUCGCGUGCUUUCCGUCGCAAAGCGCUGCCCAUUCGACCUGUCGCAGGAUCAAGAAGGCCAUCGGAACGCCCAACAGCCCCAAGCAUGGACAUUGACGACAUCCUUCGCGAGGUCGACCCCCAGGCGUACCACAUCCCCCGCCAGACACGCGACCUGCAAGCUCUGACGCGUAGAUGGGUAGCAGAGCGGUCUGCGCCGGAGCUCCUGGCCUGGCAGUCGGAUGGGCUGUUUGAGCGCGUCAAUGAGCAGAUCAAGGCGCAAAUCGAAAAGAUUGAAGAGAUGACGGGCGACAUGGAUCCCAAGACCAACUUUGCCCUCAUUGUCAUCCAGACCGAGCUAGAGCGCUACAAAUUCCUCGUUCGAAGCUAUCUUCGAGCGCGCAUCGCCAAGAUUGACAAGCACACCCUACACUACCUCUCCGACGAAGCGCUGCGAAAUCGAUUAUCCUCGACCGAACUCGCCUACGCCACGCGCCACCAGGCGCUCCUCCACAACCACUACCUCUCCUCCUUCCUCGCGUCCUUUCCUGAGAAGCUGCAGAACCUCAACGACACGGCCGGCAACAUCAGCAUGGUUGACGCGCCGGACCUGGACACGGCCGUCUUUAUCCGCAUGCUGCGCGACAAGGACGUCUUUGGCCGCGGCACGGACGAGGACAUCACGCUGGCGGCGUCGAACGCUGACAUUCUGAUUCUGCGAUGGUCUAGCGCCAGACAGCUGGUGCUCGACAUGGACGCGGAACUGGUCUAG